AUGCAAAUGCUUCCGCUCGUAGAGAGCUUGCUGCAAAUCGCUCGUAGAAAAUGUUGGUUUUCUGGAUGGUUAAGGUGUGGUAAAUUGAAAGCCAAGCAUUUGCCGGAACGUGUGCUAAGACAAUUUCAACAUGUGCAAGGCAUUCCAAGAAACCCGAGUAUGUCUGCAACGCCGGGGAUGAACUUGUGUGAGAUAGAUCGUGUGUUUACGGAAGAAUUGGAGCUGAGGAUGAUAGAUGAAGAGAUGAGGGGUCGGCCUGUUACAAGCCCGUGGGACACUGAACCCGGAUAUAUGUCAUGGUUUUAUAGAGUGUCGCAUCCAGUUAUGCGACCCGUAGAAGCUCCUGAAUCACCACCAAGGCCACCUAAUUUAGAGGUGUUAAUAGAGGCGGCGGAAGCAAGAAAUGACCCUAAUCUAAUGCAAGUUUGCCGGAGUGUCAAGGUUGAGGUCGAAAGGGCAGUUCGCGAUGGUGAGGCGGUUGAAGGAACUCCAAUUCAUGGUACUUUGCAGCGGAUUCUGAAUUUGCUUAAUCCGAUACUUGCUUAUAGGCGAAUUAAGCGGGGGAAGGGGACACGCUACCACACUCGGGGGUAG